GCAGUUGUAGAUAGCCUUAGCUGUGCAUUGCUCUUUUUGCAUCAGUCAAUAUUAUCAGGCAUGGAUGAGCACUCCACUGGCCCAGUAGGUUCACAUUCGUCAGUUCAUGCACAUCAUAUUGAACAAGAACAGAUGCAUGAAAAUGAACAGUCACAAGGAAAAGCUGAAGGGUAUGCUCAGCAAAUAGCUGAAGAGUUAAGAAGAUUAGCUCAACAACAGCCACCACCUCCACUAAACGUACCUGCAUUGGAUGCAAACUUUGGAAAGUUAAGAAAGCAUGGCGGGAAAGAGUUUGAGGGGACAACUGAUCCAAUUGUAGCAGAGGAAUGGCUAAAGUCUGUUAAAGGUGUGUUUACACAAUUUAAUACCCAACCGACAACCCAAAUGAAAGUGAGGUAUGCAACCUCAUUAUUUCUUAAGGAUGCUAGAAACUGGUGGGAGACAGUCCCAGGUAGCCAAACACAACCAUUGACAAUGACAUGGGAAGAAUUCUUAAAGGAGUUCAAGAUGAAGUAUAUGCCACCAAUAUAUCAAGAGAGGAAGAAACUUGAAUUCCUUGAAUUGAAACAAAAUGAGAUGUCUGUUGCUGACUAUGAAUUACAAUUUACAAGGUUAUCUAGGUAUGCACCAGAGGAAGUGGCAACUGAUGAACUGAAGAGAAAUAGAUUUGAGAGGGGUUUGAGAUUGGAGAUUCGUGAAAAGUUGGCAGUGCAACCACCUACCUUUAUUGCUUUAUUGGAAGCUGCAACAAGAGCAGAAGAAUUAUUCUUAGAAAGAAAUAUAUUAGAAGCAAAGAAAAAGAAGUAGAGACUGAAGUAAGGGCAAAAAUAGAAGGAAUCAAAUUCACAUUUAUUUUGUUAACCUGUGAAGACCCAAAGGCACUGGAUAAAAUCUUACCAUUCAGAGUAGGAGGUUCUGAAAAUUACUAUCAUUUUCAAUGGUCUAAUUUUUAUUUUUCUUA